AUGGCUUCUAUGCCUUCUACGACUCGUCCUGAAGACGAUAAAUCUACCACCACCAUACCUUCAGCAGGCGAUGGACAAACUGUAAACGUACAGGUCUUGUCACCGUCUGUUGGCGUGACCCGACCCCUGCUGUUUCCCAAUCUUGCCACCAGCACUACGGUCAAACAGCUCAAGGACAAGAUUCGACAGACCCUUCCCUUGCGCCCAGCCGAUGAGAAUCAGCGCUUGAUUCAUCGCGGACGCGCCAUUGUUCGCGAGUCCGACACCUUGCUUGAUAUAUUCGGCGCAGAUGUGGUCCGCAACCCCGAGCAACAGACUAUUCAUCUUGUUAUUCGCGAUGUGCAAGACAACCAAUCCUCAGCCGCGACCGCAUCUCCUGCGCUUCCUGCUCCCGUCUCAGCACCAGCGUCAGGUCCCAGCCCAACCGCUUCUGCCCCGCCAACGAAUCCUCCGCGACCACAACCUCCACAUAUCCAAGGCCAUGGCUUAGGAUACCAGAUGCCUUGGCGAAAUUCGAUGCCUCCGACUUCUAACCCGUUCCCUCAGCCACGCAUGCCGUCACCCUCUCCAUCUCAUACCCCUGAGCAAGCUGCGGCCUUUCAACACCACCACCAGAACAUGACACAGUGGCUGAAUAACCUUCAACGAGAGGCUAUGGCAAGAGCCGUUAACCAGAAUCAGCGCACAAGAGCUCAGAUGGGUAUGCGCGGUGUUGGAGACAACGGCCUAGGGACUGUCCCAGUAGGCGACGGUAGCGGCCGAGCAAGCCCAGCCCCAGUCCCAGGCCAAACUAUAUAUCGCGAGCAUGUUGGACCUAACGGGCACACGUACCAGGUCGAGACGGUUGUAAGAACUGGAGGAGGCGUGCAACAUGGGAGCGGUGGUGCCGGGGUCUCUAUGUCACCAGCCGACGUACAUAACAUCAUCCGAAGUGCUGAUAUUAACCAAGCUACGUCAUCAACGGCCAGUGCAAUGCAGCGGAGCGCUUCUAGCACUUCUUUACAUAAUCGUCCUCUGACACAAUCCGGAGUGCCGGCACCUGUUUACCCACAUGGGUAUUCUGUCAUGUCUAGCAGACGGGCGACCCCCGAGCCCGCUUCUACUCGACUUGCUCCUACUGCAGCUUCUCGAAGUUCCCAACCCAGGCAAGGGCCUGAGGUAUACAUUCUCUCAUCACCUGAAGGACCGAGAGCUUUGCUGUUUAAUAAUACUAGUUCUGAGGCGUAUUACACCCCACGUCUUAGAACCCAAACAAGUCUUCAACAACUCCAGCAACUGCGGCAAACCGUGAUUGGUCAAACUCAGGAAGCUGGAAAUGAGCAUAUGCAACAUAGACAACAUCCCCACCACCACCACCAUCACCAUCAUCGUCCCCUGGCACCGAAUUACUUGGGACAGUUCCAGCCGCAAGGACAGCCUCUUCGUGUUAAUCAACAACGCCUCCAGCCUUUACCUCAACAGCCUGUGCCCCAGCAGGAACAAGUACGCCAGGGUCAGGCUCAGGGCCAAGGUCAAGUUCAGAAUCAAGGUCAAGAACCAGAGCCCGGGGCGUUCAUGGGCCCCUUGAUGCAUCGAGGCAACCCACCGAUGGCAGCACUUCCGCCACUACUUCUCCAGUUGUGGCCACAAAUUUGGCUUCUGUUCCGUCUGGCAUUGUUUAUCUGGUUUUUUACUUCUCCUGAUGCGAGCUGGUCUCGAUGGCUUAGUAUUAUUGUGAUCGCCGUAUUCAUCUUUGUGCUCAGUACCGGGGUUCUCAACGGAGUUCCUGAUCACGUUUGGCGACCUCUGGGACGACACCUGGAGAACUUGGUUCCCCUGGAGCCAAGGCCUCAACAAGGUGCCGCCACACCAGAGCAGCGUAACCAGCAGAACCCGCAGCCCAGACCAAACCCUGAUCCUACUGAGAUGGCAAGGCGGCUUGUGGAGCAGCACCAAGGUCCAGAUAAUUGGAUUCUUUCUCAAGUCAGACGUCUGGAAAGAGCUGGUCUCUUGUUUCUAGCAAGUAUUGCACCAGGUGUCGCAGAAAGGCAUAUCGCCAAUCUGGAAGCAGCAGCGCGAGCUGAAAGGGAGCGUGCAGAAGCUGAAGCAAGAGAAGCCGAGGCAGCUGCAGCGGCAGCAGCAGCCCAAAAUGAUGAAAAUAAUGAAAACCCGGCCGAGAACGAAGGCGAAGGAACGACUACAGGUACUGAGACAGAUCAAGCGGAAAGGGCACCAGAGGACCAUGAAAGACUACAAGGCGAGCAAGGAGUUCAUGAAGGCAAUCAUCAUGGCGAGCGCAGGGAAUUACUUAUUGACCUGUAG